AUGCAAAUCACCAAAGCCCAUGCCGAGACGAGCGUCUCCGCUCUGAGACAAUUGGUGCGCGACCACCCCCUCGGGGUCCUCACGACUGCAAUCCCGUCCUCGCAACAUGCAUUUAUUCAAUCAUCACAUAUCCCCUGGAUUCUCGAUGUCGAAGAUGAUUCUUCAGAGACCGAGCUAGGCGUCCUCCGUGGCCAUUUGGCUCGGGGAAACCCUCAAAGCAAGGCCAUGAUUGAGUCGCUCUCGGCGCCGGACCGCAAGGAAACAGAGGUCAAUAAGCUGGAGCAGGAAGUCUUGGUUCUUUUCACCAGUCAAGUCCACUCAUACCUGACACCGAAGUUCUACACCGAGACCAAGCCGUCCACUGGCAAGGUUGUCCCGACUUGGGAUUAUACCGCCGUGCAGGCAUAUGGAAAAGCCACCAUUUAUCACGACAAGUCCGAGGAGGCGUCGAGCUUCCUGUCCAAGCAGAUUGACGACAUAUCGCUCUUCAUGGAGAGAAAUGUGGCCGGUCACACUUCCGAAGGCGAUAGACCGAAGCCAUGGCGGGUAUCCGACGCACCUGACAGCUACGUUGAGAUUCUCAAAAAGGCCAUCAUUGGUAUCGAGAUCAAGAUCGAGAGGCUGGAGGGCGUGGUCAAGAUGAGCCAGGACAAGGGAGAGGGAGACCGUCUGGGUGUCAUCCAGGGCUUCAAGGACAUGGGUACUCAGCUGGGUCAUGAUAUGGCGGAACAGGUGACGAAGCGCCAUGAAAUAAAAAAGGCCAGCAAGGCCAAUGCCGCUGCUUAG